AUGCUGUGGUGGCUUAUAGCUGUAAGCGUCAUCGUGGUGCUUUUAGUGUUAUCCUUAAGCGUUUACAUUGUCUAUAUGCUAUCCGCAGAAGAGGAAAAGGAUAAUUCUCUGUUGUGUAAAUGCAUAAUUAUUCUAUCCGUUUCACUGUCAUUCUAUAAUGUGCUCCUAUUACCAUUUCAGGCUGCCUUUUCGAAGGAGUAUCCAGGUAUCGAUGUGUCUUGGGUGUGGGAAGUUGUGGUUGCAGCUUCUGCUUUGCUAGCAUUUGUUAUAAUACCUUUUGCCUUGAUUCACUAUGAAACCUGGGAUCCUAACAAUCCCACCUCAUCGACACAUCAGCUCAAGAUGGCUAUUAUGGGCACAAUAUCGGUUGUUGUAUUUCUUUCUGGCUUGUUUGGUAUUCUUUGGGCUGUAGAGGGUUCUGUAAUGAGCACUGCUGGAGCCAGGGAUGGGACAGAUGAUAAAGGGGGCACUCCAACAUCAGAUGUGCCAUGUGGCUCAUUCUUUUCCUUCUUGGUUGCCCUCAAUACCUCAGUUGGUUGGUUCUUUUUUGCCUUCUUUGGAGGUGUUGGCUUGAUAGGGGCCCCCUUUCAUAGCUUACAAACGUUUUUGAAGCGACCACGCCGCAUCUCUAUCGGGGAGUAUGAGACUAGUCGUAUUAAAAUGUGUCUUGAAUCGGCGAACUUGUUGGAGGUAGGCCGAAAACUCGAGUAUGAAUCAAGAGGACAUGGAUGGCUGCACCUACAGAACCGACGCCGCUUAUUGAUUUUCAAGCGACGUGUUCAUGAGCUAGAACGCGAGUUUCGGUAUAUAGAGCAGUGCUUUAGGAUUCAGCGUGUUUCCGUUUUAAAGCAGUAUGUACUGCUAUCUGCGUCCUGUUUCGCCUGCAUUCUAAGCAUAGCGUGGCUGCUGCACAUCAUCUCUUAUGACUUAGGGUACACUCAUUCGUAUCUCAACGAUAUAUUCGUGUUUUUAGACAAAUUAAUGCCAAUGAUAGGUAUUCUUCUGUAUGCUUCCAUGACCUUCUACUUGAUGUGGUGUGCACUCGUUGGAUGCUGGACGGUUGGUGGUAACCUUGCCUUGUUCAUAGUGUUUCCAUUAGAAAAAAAAGCUACUAUGCUCAAUGCGCUGAUGCUAAAUACAGUGUUGUUACUGCUGGCUUCCAUGGCUGUGGUACAUUUAUGUGUUGCAAGUUUAGAUUCUUAUGCUAUUGACACGAGUAUGAAACAGGUCUUUCACCAAGAUGUGGCUCGAUUAUGGGGUGUUAGAGAGGUCCUUGCGUAUUCACCGUAUGCCUUAGUCGCUGUGGCGACGGUUACACUUUUUUGGCUUUUAAUUUUCUCCAAGCACAAGGUGAAUGACUUUGAGAAUGACGAGGGGGUUCUCUUAUAG